AUGGCCCGGACUAAGGGUAAUCAGGACAACUCGGCACAGCAGGAGACCUCUGGCGAUGCCAGCGACGAGAGUGCUAUUCAGAGACAACCUUCCGAGCACGAUUCGGUCAAGGAAAUGCCACCGAGCGACGCCAACCACAACAUUCAGAACACCGAUGAGGAGAAGACAGAUGUCGAAGCGUCCGACGGAGCACAACCAUCAGUACUGGCGAGCGAAGACUACUCGGUCUUCACUGUGCCUCAGAAGCGAGCGAUUGUGUUGGCGGGCAGCUUCUUGGGAUUGUUCAGUCCGAUGACUGGGUCUAUCUACUACCCGGCUCUCAACGAGAUCGCAGCCGAUCUGAAUACUACGAACACUCGGAUCAACAUCACGGUCACCACGUACUUGAUCAUCCAAGGCCUCGCCCCAAUGAUGAUAGCGGGCUUUAGCGACAAGGCUGGCCGACGUCCCGCGUACUUCAUAUGCUUCUUCAUCUACAUCAUCGCCAACCUCGCCCUCGCCUUGCAGAACAGUUACAUUGCUCUGCUACUCCUUCGAAUGCUGCAAUCAGGUGGCAGUAGCGGCACGAUAGCUCUAGCCCAAGGCCUGGUAGGUGACUGCAUCGUCUCGGCCGAUCGAGGCCAGUACAUUGCCUGGGCUUCGGUGGGAACUCUGCUCGGUCCUUCUGUGAGUCCGCUGCUGGGAGGCGUAAUAUCGCAGUACGCUGGUUGGCAUUGGAUCUUCUGGUUCCUUCUGAUAUUGUCGGUCGUAUCACUGAUCCCAAUGGCCCUCUUCCUGCCAGAAACGUGUCGGAACAUCGUUGGCAACGGCUCGGUGCCUCCUCCAUGGUCAAGCAAGAACCUCACCGACAGCAUCCGCUUCAAGAAGCGCGAGAAGAACGGUAUCCCGGUCGACCAAGAGAAGCUGGCCGAGCUGCGUAAGAACUUCCGUCUCACCAUCCCCAACCCCAUCGGAACGCUCGUCGUCCUGGCAGAUCUGGAGUCCGCUCUGAUCCUCUUCGCCACCGGCAUGUCAAUGGCCCUCUUCUACGCCAUCUCCGCAGGCGCCUCGCAGAACUUCCAAGAAGUCUACGGCUUCGACGAGCUACACAUCUCGCUGAUGUUCCUGCCCAUCGGCGGCGGAGGCAUCAUCGCCACCUUCUCAACCGGCAAACUAGUAGACUGGAACUACCGCCGCCACGCCCUCGCGCUCAAAUUCCCCGUCGACCGCCGCCGCCAAGCCGACCUCUCCACCUUCCCCAUCGAAAAAGCCCGCAUGGAAAUCGGCGUGCCCCUCCUCCUCCUCGGCGCCGCCAGCACAAUAGCCUACGGCUGGCUGCUCCACCACCGCGUCAGCAUCGCCGGACCCAUCUGCAUGCUCUUCCUGCUCGGCUACACACUAUUAGCAGGGUUCCAAGCGCUGAAUAUUCUGAUGGUGGAUAUUUACCCCGGCAAAGCGGCGACGGCCACGGCGGCGAAUAAUGUGUGUAGGUGUUUGUUGGGGGCGGCGGCGAGCGCGGCGAUUGUGCCGAUGAGUGCGAGGGUGGGGUUUGGGUGGGCGUAUACGAUUUUGGCGCUGUUGUUUGUGUUGUCGACGGUGGCGUUGGUGCCGGUGAUGAGGUAUGGGGUUCAGUGGAGGAGGGUCAAGAGGGAGAAGGCGGAGCGGAAGAGGGAGGCGAGGGGGGUGAAGAAGGGGAGCAGUGGAUGA